UGCGGAGCGCUGGGCUCGGCUUCUGGCCGGGCGGGCUUCGCGCGACACCACUGCUCUCUGCGCGGGCAGCAUGGAGGAGCACGGCGAUUCCGAGCCAACCCCGGGAUGUAGCGGCCUUGGCCCGGGUCCCGUUCGCGCUGGCGGCGCCACCCCCCACACGUGGGCUCCCGAGGACGCCUGGAUGGGCACACACCCUAAGUACCUAGAAAUGAUGGAAUUAGAUAUAGGAGAUGCCACCCAAGUUUAUAUAGCAUUCUUGGUUUACUUGGACCUCAUGGAGAGUAAAAGUUGGCAUGAAGUAAACUGUGUAGGAAUACCAGAACUACAGCUUAUCUGCCUCCUUGGCACUGAGAUAGAAGGGGAGGGGCUACAGACUGUGGUGCCUACACCCAUUUCUGCUUCCCUCAGCCAUAGCAGGAUAAGGGAAAUCUUGAAGGCAUCUAGAAAAUUGCAAGGUGACCCAGAACUGCCGAUGUCUUUUACUUUGGCCAUAGUGGAGUCGGAUUCCACAAUAGUCUAUUAUAAGCUUACAGAUGGAUUUAUGCUGCCGGACCCGCAGGUCAGUUUUGAACUAACUGCCAGGAAACAGUGAUGGAAGAGAAAAGGCGUGGAUCAGGCCACUUGGUUUCCACUUCAAGGAAGAAAAGGCUUGGUUUUUAUUCCCCUGAAAACUGUCUCUGUCUUAUGCAAUGCAGAAAUAAUUUGGUUUUCCUAUUCUCUGGAGAAAUUCUUAUUUUCCCAGAGCAUUUUGUGACAUCAUCAUGCAUCUUAAGUGAGUAACUGAGAUGAAAUGCAAAGGCCAGUAAUAGUUUUCAUCAAAACACUUAUUUACAAAUGCUGGCACUUGACAUUGUCAGUAACAUUUUAAUACAUAUUUGGCAUGUGCUUUCUCUACAGUUGUCAGCCUAAUUGGGAUAGUUACAUGAAAUACCUUUCUAAUCUUACUCUUACAUAUGUUCUCCACUAGGAGCGUUCUGAUCUUCUUUCUUUGUGUUACAGAAUAUUUCUCUUAGAAGAUGACACCUGUCCUGAUGCUGAUUUCAUUCGUGAAAGAUUGGAUUUGAGGGCCAUCAGUCUGCUUCAUUUUGUGUCUCAGAGGUAGUCAGGCUUGCCUUUAGCUAGUGCCGACCCAUAAGCUUGCUUUCAGCAUAAAACCUUCUUAUAUAUAAGAAGAAGAAUCUAUAUUGCGUGCAAAUAUAGGGUAGUUAGCCUAGAACAUUCUUAUCAGAGACAUUAUAGUUAUAUGAAGGUUUAUAGUAAGGAUAUGUUCAGAUGGGGGAAUCUGUAUAUGCCUAUGCCAUCCCACACCUGGAGUCAAUGGACUAGUACCCAUGAAAUGGACAUGUACCCAUGAAAUGGUACCUGAGAAAAUGCUACAAUGAAAACUGGACACAAGAGCAUUAGAACAUGGUCAUGGAAGCAAAUGACACACCAGGCUGUAAAAGUAGAUAAUCAAAUUACCAACUGUUGUUAUAGUAGGAUGGCAGGGCAGUGAAUGGAUAACUUUGUUUCUCUCGACAUUUCAUUUGUUAUUUGUAUUACUUUUAUAAUAAAAUGUUUUAAAUUAAA